AUGUCGCAAUAUCGACGAAUUGUUAUUGAUGAUUCAUCAAGUGAUGAUGGUGAUGAUAAUGAUGGUGAUAGUGAUAAAGAUGUUGAUAAGACAGAAAAUAAUAUCAACGAAAGUGAUGAAGAUAGCGACAGCAAUAUCGAAAACGUAAGCCGACUGUUGGAAACGUUGAGUUUUACAAAAAGACGUAACAAUUACGGACAUCGAGUUGAUCGUUCGGAUGAUGAAGCAACAAGCAUCGAUGAGGAUACUUAUCUGGAAGAUAGCUUUCUCAUUAAGGAUUACACUUCUGAAGAGAAUUUUUCAAAUACAUCAAGCGAUGAGCAAUCUUUCAGAAAGAACGAGAGCACCCAUAAUCGACAGCAGCAAGAAAUGAGAACUGCGGAAAUUUCGUCAUUUUUUAGAAAUGAUCUUUCUGAUAUAAGCAUUGAUAACGAAAAAAUAUCAACAUUAUUUGAGUUAUACCCCGAAUUGAGGGAGAAUGUGAUUCCUACGGAAAAGUCAUUGAGCAAUGAUAGUAUCGAAAUACGCAGUGAAUUUACCAAAUUCGAUGAGGAUAGUGAUGAGAAAUUUGAAAAAUGUACAUUAAAGUUUAUCAUGUCUGAUAGUGAAUGCACUGUUGAAUAUAGCUCAGAAUAUGAAUUUAACUCAAGUGACAAUUUCGGUGAUGCGCAGCUGAUUGAUAAAGUAUUGAGGAAUAUCGGAGGUGAAAAAAUUCCACAUCAUCACACUCCAAAAAAUGUUAGCAGUGAGCAUGGAACGCAUUGGCAUCAUCCGACGAAAGAAAAAAAAAUGAAGCAACGGGGACGUGCUAACUUGCAUUUAUCAUUACAAAAUGCACCAAACAUUCAGAGAGCGAGCCAAGAUGACGAUGAAAUUUUCCUUUUGGCUCUUUCACCAAAUGGACCUGUACACUGGGAUGCUCAACGAUACACUACAGUUAAAUUUUCACGAGUUAGAGAAAAAUUAGCGGCGAGACUAUUCGAUUUGUACAGAAGACGUUGCUUCGAAAAUAAGUUGGAUCCAAAUAUGGUGCUGGAAUGGAAUUCACGUUUACGGCUAACGGCUGGUCGUUGUCGUUGCAAAUCAAACGGCACAGUAGACAUCGAGCUUUCCAGUAAAGUUUGUGAUACUCCAGAACGGCUGCGCGAUACAUUGUUACAUGAAAUGUGUCAUGCUGCAGUUUGGGUUAUCGAUCGUAUCCAAAAGGGUGGACAUGGAUCAGCAUGGAAAUACUGGGUAUAUCAAUCUCGAAAAGUCUUCCCAUCUUUACCACUUAUUGGACGAUGUCACAAUUACACAGUUGAUGCCAAAUAUUUAUACAUUUGUGAUCGUUGUGGACAAACAAUUAAACGCCAUUCGAAAUCGCUUGAUAUUGUUCGUAAAAUUUGCGGCAUUUGUCAGGGACAUUUCAUCCUAAGAUCACGUGAUGGGAAGAAGUUCUCGACACGCUCAACCAACAUAUUUGCACAGUUUGUUAAGGAGAACUAUAAAAAAGAACGAAAACCUGGGGUGAAGCAUGCAGAAAUCAUGAAAAUCUUAUCGCUACGCUUCAAAGAGGAAAAAGGAAUGGCUUCCGAAACAGGAGGUAUCAUUACUGCUCAGUAA